ACUUGGCACUUGUGUAGCCAAACUCUGUUCCCUGCUUCGAGCCCUUGAUUGUACAGUAGAGGUUAAUGGGACCUACAGUGUGCUUUGGUCUACCCGAAUACAUCAUGUGUUCCGUGUAGUUCACCACGUGUGCUAAAGGUUAUCUGCAGGAAGAGGAGCUCUGCCUUCAUGAUGGCCAAGGCUGGCGUGUUAGUGAGCUCUUGCCUCAGAGACGAUCGCCGGUGUUUUGCCCUCCGUGCUUCCGUGUGGGUGAGGCAGUGGUGGCACGUAGCUUCUGUGACAGGAAGAGGUGAUGACCCUGACAGGUACUGCUGGCCCCGUGGGUGCGUGAAGCUGCCGGGGCAUGAGGUCAAUACAGCCAUAAGCAAAGCAUUUAUAAUGAUAGUGCUGCGUUCCUCAGUGGGCGCUCAGCAGGCUCCGGACACCACAGCCGUGAGCUGGGCGGGUGACUAAACUCAGCACGGGCCGAGCGGCUCCCCUGAAGCUGCGGAGGCGGGGGUGGCGGUGGGGAGCCAAGAUGGCGCGUGGAGGGGCACCACACUACACCCACCCCCCAUAUACAGGGUAAGGAAACCAGGGCAGGAACGUAGUUAUAGCUCCCUUUGCAGCGCAGUGCACAAAGGCAGGCACACACGGCCUCGGGCGCAGCCCCACCCCCUGCACAUGACAGCCCCUUUCCCCCACACUCGGGCUCCGUGGGGUCGGUGUUCCCAUCCCGGGGGCGGGGCCGGGGCGGCGCCGGCCCGGACGGACGGGGCCCUUCCGUAAACACCACCCGGCCCGUCCCCCGGCCUACCCCCCGCACGCCGGCACGGCCCAUUGCCAGCGCGGGGGAGUCCGCCGAAACCUCUUCCCGUGUCCCCGCAUAUUUCCCCAGGCUUAGUGCCCGGUCGCAGGCGGAAUGAGGAGAUGCAGACAGUUUCUACUGGCAUAAGCGGAGGCAGGCCCAAGCGCCUCGGAUAACUCGCCGCUGACAGGCAGGAAAAGAUGACGCACCUCCCCGCUUCCACCAUCAGAGAUGGACGUGCCCGAGGAAGACACUAAUAGUCCGGGCUGGGUCUUUAAAUCUGAGGGGGGUGAAUGUGUGCGGCCCCGGCGAGCGCUGCGUAAGACGGCGGGGGCCAGCGGUGAGUGACCGGCUGGGGACAGCAGGGCAGGGUAGGGCUGCUCCCGCCGGCCAGCGGAGCUGACACGCGGCGGGGUGUCCGGGCACGCAGGGCGAUGAGUCGCGGGUAGCCGCACGGUGAAUUGCUCACACUCGGCAAGCGAUUGGCAAGACUUUGGGCCACUACACUGUGAACAGCAUUAAUCAAAUCCUUUGAUGGACCACGUCCUGCAACAUUAAUCUUUUGGAGGUCUUGUUUACUGUGUAAACAAGGUAAAGGGAAUCAGAAUGCCUCUCAGUGAUGACCAGAACAGUGACUCAGAUUCUUCACGGCUCUCGGAAAGCACAGCUUCUUCCAGUGACUCAGAAUAUUCCAGGCAGAGUUUUAACAGUGAUUCUUCAAGCAAACCCAGCUCCCCAGCAUCAGUGCAUCUCCUGUGUGUGGAACACCAGCAGCAGCUGUAUCCAUGGGGGUCUUCCUGUGCACUCCUUCCCUUCAGAAAGUCAGCUAGCCCUCCCAAGGUCAUCACAUUUGAUGAGCUGAUGGCAGCUACAAGAAAUCUGUCAAACUGGACUCUAGCUCAUGAAAUUGCUGUAAAUGCAAAUUUUUGCAUAAAACAUGAAGAGUACCCACAAAAUAGCUUUGCAGGCACAGUGAAACAAAUCGUGCACAAGGCGUUUUGGGAUCAUUUGGAAUCGGAACUGAAUGAAGAUCCUCCAGAAUACAAACAUGCUAUCAAGCUCUUUGAGGAAAUUAAGGAGAUUCUUCUUUCCUUCCUGACUCCUGGAGCAAACAGGAUUCACAAUCAAAUUUGUGAAGUUCUUGAUACGGAUCUUAUAAGACAGCAGGCAGAACACAAUGCUGUUGAUAUUCCUGGGCUAGCUAAUUAUGUCAUCAACACUAUGGGAAAGUUGUGUGCUCCAAUAAGAGACAAUGACAUAAAACAGUUAAAAGCAACUGACAAUAUUGUAGAGUUACUGAGACAAAUAUUCCACGUUUUGGACCUGAUGAAAGUGGAUAUGGCAAAUUACACAAUUAAAAGCCUUAGACCAUACCUCUGGCAUAACUUGGUGGACUAUGAAAGAACAAAAUUCCAGGAAAUUCUUGAAGAAACACCAAGUGCCCUGAAUCUCACAACAGAAUGGAUAAAAGAAUCAAUACAAGAUGAAUUGUCAUCUGUUUCUGAUGCGUCUUCAUCAUCCCCUGGUGCUGAUAAUAGUUCAAAACCAAUUAUUAGUCCUACACUGGUGCUAAACAAUGGCUACUUGAAACUGUUACAGUGGGAUUAUUGCAAAACAAUUCCAGAGACUCUAAUAACAGACGAAGUCCGUCUUCAGGAGUUGAGAGAAAAGCUCAAUCAAUUGAAAGUCAUAGCUUGUGUUUCUCUCAUAACAAACAACAUGGUGGGUGCAGCAAUUGUAGAUGUGCCUGAUUUCCCUGACCAGCUGAAAAGGAUCUCCCUUCCUCUUCUUGAAGGCAUGAAUAAGAAAAGUUUUGACUUGAAGGAGGCUCUGAAUGCUAUUGGCGUCCAGAUUUGCAGCAUAGUGAACAAGUCUCUAAGUGAAAGAGGUCUUCCCACUCUUAGUGAAGAAAUGCAGAGUAAUUUAAUGGGUCAAGUCGCUCAUAUUGUUGAGAAGAAUAAUCCUGUCUCUUCCUUGAUUGACAAACGAAUCCAGCUCUUCAUGAGAAGCUUGCUUGCUCUUCCGAGUUUUCAGAAGUGUAUGCCUACUAUGCCAGGAGGCCUUUCUGUGAUUCAGACAGAGAUAGAAUUUCUGGGAUCUCAGUAUGCAAGCAUUGUAAACUUCAAUAAAAAAGUGUAUGGACCAUUCUAUGCAAAUAUACUUAGAAAACUGCUUUUUCCUGAGGCAGCAAUGGAGAAAACAGAAGCAGAAACAUCGAGCAAUUAAAAAAUGUGCCCUUUUUUUCAUCUUCCAAGACAGUGGGGAAGUCACAUCUCUAAGAACAGCCUACUCCAGUGACUGUUGAUGGGGAAAGGUCUUGUUAAAUGUAUGCAGAUAGAUAGUUUUGGAAAUUCACUGUAAAGAAAUUAAUGUCAAGGUCAUAUAUAUAUUUUAAUAGAAAAAUAUUUGUUUAAUGGAUUGUCACUUGUAAUAGCCAGUGAAUUAUUAAUUUCCAUAGCAAGCAUUUAUUAUGACUUGUAGUGGGAAAGAGCUGGCAAUGUAAUUACUGUUUUGCCACCAUCAAAACAAUGUUAUUUUUAAACUCAAAUAUAUUUACAUAUAGCAGUGCAUAUUAGGAAAUGACAAAACUGUAGAUAAAACGUACCAUGCUUACAUUGUAUUUUUGUAGAGUAGCAUCUCGGACAACAAUUACGUUUCUGAGAAUACUUUGAAGAAGACAGUAUGGCAUAACUGCUUUAGUAACCAAACCCAGGUUCAUACCAGGCCAAGUGCAGGUACUUCUGCAAUUACUGGACCCAGGACUUUGCCUCUUGUUACAUUAAGGAAUGCCAGUGUUACAAACUGUUUGUAGGAUAGCUGUUACAGAAGCAGCAUUCACCACUUCAAGUAUGAAUCACUCAGAACUUCUCAACUCUACUUGAGAUUAAUGAUAAACACCUGAGAAACGUGAUGUUGGGGGUGGAGUAAAUUUCUGUAUAUAAUUAAUGUGUUUAUAAGCAUUUUGUUUAUUCAGUGGAGGUCAUACAGAAUUUUUAAUAUGUGUACGUAUUGAUCUUUGAUCUUAAUGGAUGGGUAUUAAGUAUUUUUAAGUUGGGUCUUUCUAACCUUUAUUCCCAAAAGCACUUAACCCUGACCUUAGAGUGUACUGCAGAAGAAGUGCCCCUUUCAUGCCCUUAUCCAACAGAAUGUAAAAUUUUCACAGGAUAUUCUUAGCUCUGGAAGCAAGAACCUGAGUAAUUAGGAAUUUUUGAAAAUAUUAUUGUAUUCACUUUUUUACGGAGUGCGUGAGAAAUGCUCCUGUUUUCCUCAAAUUUCUUUGGACUGGGCCCCAAUACUUAGUUCCCAUUUAAGGCAUUGGAAAUCUUGCAUACAGAAAAUGAAUAGGAUUGAAAUAGAGAAAUGUGAAAGUGAACUUCUUUAAGUUUACACAGGCUUUAUCUUGCAUAUUUCAGAUUACUGGGAUUAAGUAGUGCUGGAGUACAUAUUAUAGACGUGUUCUUGUCUAUGAAACUGAUAAUUUACUUGAAAAUUAUAUUUUAAUAUAUUACCAUAUAAUACUCCUUUUAAGAUGUCAUAUAUGGAAAACCUUGGUGUGGUACAAGUUAGAGCUUGUUUUUAAUAUUUUAUAUUACAGCCUAUUUUUUAUGAAGAGACAAAAAUAACCUGUAAAAGCAUAAUGUGUCACACAAAUUGUUUAUGUACAUUACUGUGUCUAUCAUAAAGGUCUAAAAAACCUGGGCAUUAUUAGCACUGUGGUUUUGUAGUGCAUUGCUACAGGAAUGUGUACCCUUUAUAGCAAAGGAAAUUACUUUAUUCAGUUUUUCUUCAGUGUCCAAGGUCUUUGGUCACAUGUAAAUGUUAAGGAAAACUUUCUUCAAAAUGCCUUUUUUAGAGAAAUUUCUCUAGUGCACUUGUCUUCUGUCCCCUGUGAAAACAUUGCAUAAAAUAAAGAUGAAUACAUAUUUUAAAGGGAACAGUUUCCUGGAAAACCUAGGAGAAAGGAACUCUUAGAUUAUCAUAACUGUGCCACUAGGUAAGCCAGGCUUGUUCAGAUGAAUAUGAAAUUUUGGUAGGCAAUUCAAAAUCAUUAAGAGAGGAAUGCAUUUCAAAAACAGCUAGAGGGAAUUAAUCUUAGUGAUUUUCUGCAAUAGAAAUACUUACAUGAUUUUGAGCUUCAGCCAAAAGAGAAUUUUAUGAACAUUUGAAGGUGAUUGCUAAUAUGAUUAUGAACUUUUAAUUGUAAUAUUUUAUAUACAUUCUGUUGUACAAAUAAACAUCCAACUUCAGCUCUUUAAUGAGCUGGGACAACUGUCCUACUAGUUUUUACCAGUAAGUACUCAAAGCAUAGCAUUUAUGGGGGGGUGGGGAUUAAGGUGACUUGCGAAGGGCAUUUUAUAGCAUGGCCUGUGUUUCAAGUGAUUGUUUAAUAUGUUUUAAUUUCAUGUUUCAAACAGGGACAUUGCAUCUGUUUAAUGUCAUGUGUUGCAUGCUAUUUAUGCUACUGUGCCUGAAAUGCACUUGCCUCUCUCUACUCAGAAGUUGUCCUUGUGAAACAAGAUGCCAUUCUUUAGCAGCUUUGUUAAAAAUCAAGUAUUUGAGGGUUUGUAUGCAUUAAAUUUUGUUUGUGAUACCAGCAGUGGUGAAAAGUCAUUUACACAAGCAUCGUUAAAUGCAACAGAUUGUU